AUGGACAAUAUAGAUAGAGUUCUAUCUACUUUAGAAAAUAUAGAUAGAUUGGGAACUUCAGCAGAUAUAAAUUUUCGGCGCAUGCCUAAAUUCUAUGUUCGGAAUGAAUACAACCAAAACCCUUUCAAGCUGUAUGACGAAAAUGAAUUUAGAAGAAGAUACCGUUUCACUAAACUCACUGUUUUAAAGGUGAUAUUACCUUUAAUAAUUGCCAAUUUAAAGCAUUUGGACAAUAGAGGCUUGCCGAUUUCUCCAAAACUGCAAUUACUUAUUGCAUUAAGGUUUUAUGCUACAGGCUGUUUCCAGAUGGUGUGUGGUGAUUUGACUGGCAUAAGCCAAUCCACAGUAUGUCUUAUAAUAAAUAAUGUAUCAAGACAAUUGAGCAAUUUAUUACCAAGGUAUAUACAUUUCCCAAGAAGUAUGAAUGUGGUAAAAAGAAAAUUUGAAGAACUAGGAAGAUCCAAUAUUCAGCAUGGAUUUAACAACAUUAUUGGCGCUAUAGACUGCACACAUAUUAAAAUAAAUAGACCCAGAGGUAUCUCCCAUUCUGAAAUAUACCGAAAUCGUAAAGGAUAUUUCUCUAUUAAUGUACAAGCUAUUGUAGGCCCAAACAUGGAAAUUUUUGAUUUAGUAACCCGCUGGCCUGGCAGUUCACAUGAUAGCAGAAUAUUUAGAAACUCUCAAGCUUACGCUAGAUUCUUAAGCGGGAAUUUGCAAGGAGUUUUAGUAGGUGACAGUGGUUAUCCCUCUCUUCCUUUCCUUUUAACACCUCUUAUAACUCCAGUAACAAGAGCAGAAAACCGAUACAAUUAUGUUCAAAUAAGAACCCGUAAUAUAGUUGAGAGGUUUUUUGGAGUAUGGAAAAAGAAAUUUCCAUGCUUACAGUUGGGCCUACGUUCUAAGCUCACUAAUACAAGCAACAUAAUUGUAGCUUGUGCAGUAUUGCACAACAUAGGUAUUCAGAGUGGGGAUGCUUAUGACGAUGGUGAUAAUGAUCAUAUACCGGAAGUUCCUGAAAGACCAAACAAUGAAACAUCAUCCACUGCAGGUCUAGCGUAUCGACAGUCUAUAAUAGCACAAUUUAACUAA